AUGAGCAAGAAUGCAGCGUAUGCCAGUCUCGCCCCCAGCCCCGCGGUGUCCUCUCACAGCUGCAGGCUGUCCUCUAGCAGAGGCAGCAGUCAGGUGGCUCGUCUCACGGGAGCUGGUGGUCAGGAAUGGCGUCGCUCUCUGAAAUGGUUCACAGCUGCGCUCCAUACCUCAGCUUCCUCACCUCCCACUGCUUUUUACCAGACAAGAAGUUUUAAUGCUGUGGCUCUCUUAACUUUGUGUAACUUCUUUGUCAGUGGUUUCCUCCUCACUCAAAACAGUGAUGAUACUGUAGCAGUGUGA